AUGCAGGAUAUCUUCACUGCCGGCUCCGAUUCUUCUGCUGCUACCAUCGAAUGGGGACUGGCGGAGCUCAUCAACCAUCCCAAAGCUCUGCAGAAGGUGAGAGAAGAGAUCGACCUGGUGGUCGGGAAGGACAGGGUGGUCGAGGAGACCGAUCUCCCGAACCUGCCCUACCUCCAAGCAGUCAUGAAAGAAACCAUGAGGCUCCACCCGGCGGCACCCAUAGCCCACAGACAAACCACCAAAAACAUCCACGUCGGUGGCUACGACAUCCCGGCCGACACCGUCCUCAUGGUUAACCUGUGGGCCAUCGGGAGGGACCCCAGCUAUUGGGAGGACCCGCUGGAGUUCCGGCCGGAGAGGUUCAUGUCGGACGUGGCGGCGAUCGAUGUCAGGGGGCAGCACUUCCAGCUAUUACCAUUCGGGAGCGGGAGGAGGGGGUGCCCGGGGAUGGUGCUGGCUUUGCAGGUGGUGAGCGUGACGGUGGCUGCGAUGGUGCAGGGCUUCGAGUGGGAGGUGGUCGGAGGGGAGAACGGGGGGGUGGGCAUGGAGGAGAAGGAGGGCAUGGUGGCCGCCCGGGAGCACCCACUGGUCCUCGUGCCGUUGACUCGCUUGGACCCGUUUCCGGCAACGGCGUAAUAACGAGGACCGAGACAAAAGCCUUUUAGGCAUCCCUGCUGGGAACAAGGAGAUCACUCGUGAAUAAAACUGUGGGCCCUCCACUAUAUGUGUGACGUUCGCUGGGUAGUAUUUGGUUGAUUACGCCCUGUAGUUGGUUUCUUUUGGCUUGCCUUCUCUCAUUUGAUUGGCCAUUUGUGUGACGUUUUCUAGGAAGGAAUUAAGUACGUGCUGUCGCUUUUUUAAUUUUCUUCUCUCAUUUCAUUUAUCAAUAAAUUAAAAAAUUAAAUUAAAUAAAAAAACCCUGGGGAAGGAUGCAGCCUUUGGCACUGUAAUUGGAAGGACCAUCAUCACCGACGGUAAUAUAAUUGUGCUUC